UCUCGUGUUAAUAAUUUGUCAUCUUUAAAUUUAGAAAGCAGUGGCACGCCUGUGACUUUGACGAUCGUAUCUGUAGCCGUGAUUCUUGUCCUCAUCUGUGUCAUCAUGAUAUUCAUUUGUAUUCGUAAACGCAAAAGAUCUCGACAGCAAGGGAACAGGAGUUCUCCCAUCGCUUCGGCAAGCUUCACCGCGACUCCCCGUAUGUGCACAGACUUGUUACCCGCAAAUUCACCAACAAGCUCCGGAAACCGACAAGUAGACGAUGUAUACCAUGAAUAUGAAAGUGUGUGCGUUUGCGGGCAGGACUCGUCGAAAUCGAGCACCCGUGCGAACCAAGGAACGAGUCAGGGAAUCUCCUUGAGCAAGACGAAGUCGACGUCGGAAAACGACCAGUCGCAUGAUUAUGAGAAUCCGUCCUUCGACGAUAAGGAAUAUACUGACCUUGAUUUCUCUCAAGUCAAGAAGGGCGGUGAUCCAACGAAGCCGACGUCCUCCGGUAAGGAAUAUACUGAUCUUGAUUUCUCUAAGAUCGAGAAGGGCGGUGAUCCAACGAAGUCCUUUGACGGUAAGGAAGAUGUUGAUCCGGCCUAUGAAGUUUGUAUCAUAUAGAAUGUCAAUCAAAUAGAUUUCAAGUCUUUUACAAAAAUAGAAUUACAUCAAGAUAUACACUUGAAAUAUAUAUUGAAGACAGUCAUGAAGAUUAUCAUAACAAAGAGAAUUACCUUAUAGAUUUAUGAAAAGUAUGUACAGCCAAAACCUGUUUAUAGCGACUGCCAAAGGGAAACACAAAGGCCCAAAUUCACAAAGCAAGGUUUGAGCUCAGACCAAGGUUUGAGCUCAAAAACCUC